AUGUCUGAAGUUACAGACGUAGGCGUUGUGUGGAUAUGGCCAGACAACACUACCGUACCGACGAACUUGAGUGAUUCGACCAGCACGACGCCUGCAUUUCCGACACCAUCGUGGAUCAUACCGCCGAAUCCUGGGCGAUCGCUACAAGUGGAUAUCGCCCUCUGCUCCGCCGGUCUCGUGGGCAGCACCUUUGAACAACUCUCUCACGGAGCGGGAAAGCAUGUCUGGCAACUGGAGCUCUCAAAUAUAGCGAAGUUCCAACGAGCAGCAUGGUAUGGUAUUCUCUGUUACACCUCGUCUCUUGUCUUCACCCGGGUGUCCAUCCUCUUACUUUACCGGCGCAUUUUCAGCUCCAGCUCCAAGAUGAAAAAGGCGAUACUAGUUGUCAUGGUAUUGGUCUUAGCUGUCAGCAUCUGGCUAGUCGCAACUGUGUUCACUGUCUGCGUCCCCUUACAGGCCUUUUGGGAUUGGACGCUCGGCUCCAAGAAGCUUGUUUAUUGCCACCCCGGUAGCAUGUACUGGUUUAACUCUGCGCUCCAUAUCGCCUCUGAUCUCGUUAUUAUUGCGCUUCCUCUGCCGAUACUUUGGAAGAUGAGGCUUCCUCGCCGGCAAAAGAUCGCUCUUGUUGGCGUAUUUGCGUUGGGUUUCUUUGUCUGCAUUGUGUCCAUCGUUCGCCUGACGAAACUCAUCGAUAUUUAUGUUCCAUACCCUUCCAUGGAUGCGUUUUACACAAGCGCCCCCUUGAUCUACUGGACCACUGUGGAGGUCAACUCCGCAAUCUCCUGCGCCUGCAUUAUGACCCUCAAGCCCCUAAUCGAGCGCGUCUUUCCGCGACUGCUUUCCCCGGAACAAGACCACCGCGACCCGACACUGCCUUGGAUCACACCCAUCAACAACGACGACGUUGAGUCACACUGUGACGCUGCUAGCCAGGCAUCGAAAGUAAAUGGUCCCGCCGACAGCAUCACAGAUCCCAGCUCGGAUCCUAAUAGCAAUCACCGACAUCCAAGCCGACGUAGUCUCCUCCCAGAAUGCACUUGCAAACGAGGACACGGAAACAGCAGCGGAGUGCUGUACACUGCAAACUCUGAGGGUGACGGAAAUACGAGCGAUGGUGACGACCCGACCGAAAAGUACCAUGAAAUUUUGUACCUACAUCACAAUGAACUCCACGGCCACAGCCAUCAUCAUACAAUGUUUGAUCUAGAGGCCCAACGCUCCAUCGGCAGCACCAACUUAUCAAGAACAACCACGACAGCUGUUUCCCCCACAGCAUCUGCCCCUGCAGUCGCUAGAGCCGCGGAUCCCUUGACAACGGGGCGUGCAACGAACCGUGAAGGAGACGAUGACCACGACCUUGAUGAGAAACGAGACGAGAUACCUCUUACGCAGGGUGAGGAGCAUAUCUUCACUCUGCAAGCCCCUCCCAGAGCUCACCUCCGAUUGUCCACGGCCCAAACGGGGACCGAGAGGCGUGAUCAGAAAGAAUCGGAGAGCCCGACGAAUAUAAUGUCCGCAUAA